CGUUUCUUCGGCUGCCGAGCACAGAUCACCGGAGCUGCACCCGUCAAUAUGAGGCUGUCUACGCUCGUCGCCGCUGCCUUCCUGGCCCUGCUCGUCGCCCAGACUACCGAUGGCUUCCUGACCAGCCUGGCCCUGCUGCCCAUAUCGGCGAUCACGAGCAUCGGGGGCAUCGCCGGCCUCAAGCUCGCUAUGGCCAUGAAGAUCCUCGACAUGCUCGGCUGGUUCAAAGUGAGUCGCUACGGAAUAGGUCUGCGGGCCGGCAUAGAAAGCAGCAAGCUGCCCGACCGAGUCGUCCCGCGCCCCAAGCCACAGGGCAUCUUCUCCGGCCCCACAAUCUCCGUACCGAUUGCUGCGUUGCCGUACUUCGUCGGGGGUGGCCUGCAGAAGCCCCUCUCCGUCCGGCUGCCCAUCAAGGACUUCAAGAUGCUCGCCAACGCCACGACCGACUUCGAUUCACCCAAGGUGAAGUUUUCGUCCAGCGGCUCUGCUAGCGUCAAUGGCAACAAGGGGUCCAUGCUCCAAGCAUCUUCGGCUCUCAAGAGCCCAUUUGUCAACCUGGAAGGAAAACACGCGGCAACUAUUCGAGGUCGACGCAGCAUCGAAGCCGACCCCAAGGUGAUCAAGGACGCUGUCAACCUCGUGCGAGAACUCGACACGAACCGCUGCAUCCUGCGCCUUUCCUGUGAGGUCAGCGCUGACGCUUCGGCCUACGGCUCGUACGGCCGCCGUGUGGCGUCCUUUAUGCGCAGUCUUGGACCCGUCGGCAAGGACUCCGCCUUCGUGGACUUCGAGAAGGCUUACCACAGGGGCAGGUCCAGUGGCCUUCCGGCCUGCAUCCAGACGUACUCCUCCUGCAAGGUGGACCUCCGCGCUCUGGUGGCCUUCGUACAGUCGACGUGAGGCACUUUCGCCACCUUGACGAUAUACACGUCAUAUGUAAAUAUUUUAAAUAGCACGACGAGACAACCACCACCCGUGUAAAUAGUCCAAAAUAAAAGGUUGGCA